AUGUUGAGCGCCUUGAACUGCGCCCAUUCUCUUGAAAUCCCGGACACCGACGUUGAGUUUCCGGUGGUUAACUGCGACCUUGACACAUCGGAUCUACUCGAGACCUGCGUGUCCGACGAGCUGUGGGGUGAGCUCCCCAAACUAACGAAUGAGUUGGCUGCCAUGCACACCGACGUACCAGAGACCGAAGCCCAUUACAGCUCAGAUCCCGAUGAUUCGCUCGAAUCCGUCAACACACACGUGGCGAAAGGCCCCUCCACACCCAAGCUCGAGAAACCAAAAAGCUCCAAGAGAAUUUCCUCCAAAGCGAAGAUUGAAGCACUGCGAGGCGAGCUCAAGACAUUAACGGUUCAACUGCAGCAGCUGGAUGCGGCGCGUCGUCAAGAAGCUCUCGAUGCUCGGACAUUAUUCACCGACCGACAUCGCGUAAAGCUGUGGAAGCAGAUCGCUAAGCGACAACUAGAGCAACGUCAUAAAUCGGAAAAAGAGAACGCGACGUUGCGCGUUAUGAUGAACCUACAGAUCCAAGAAGCUUGGAGGCUGAAACGACUGUUGAAGAGCCGAAAGAAACUUGAGGUAAGACCAACUCACUACCUAACACUCGCUUGA